AAGGGUCUGCAUCGGUCCCCCGAAUUGCAUGUAAAAUAUAUUUCACGCAGGUGUUGGGACAAGACUACGAAAUUUAAUAUAACAGGAAGAUAUCUGCCUCAUCGACGCAAGCAACGGGAGCUACUUCGGUGGAAAAAUAAAACAACUUUCUAUGAUGGGUGUGUUUGACAAUAGGAGAAUUGUUGAAUCCUUCUAGCAGCUCGACACUGAGCAGUGACAUUGCUGUAGCUAACAGUUUUCACUGCUCGCUGCUUGCCUAUGGUGUUUCUAUAUCUGCCCUGCGGAUCCAUUUAAGAAACGAACCUGUCCGAACAGUGGAGUCAACACACAAGCAAAAGAAAAAUAUAUAAUUCAGAGCCAUGUCUGGGGCUUCUGUGAAAGUUGCAGUUCGGGUGCGCCCUUUCAACUCAAGGGAGACCAGCAAGGACUCAAAAUGCAUUAUUCAAAUGCAAGGGAACUCAACUAUCAUUCUAAACCCAAAAACCCCAAAGGAACCAGCAAAGUCCUUCAGCUUUGACUAUUCCUACUGGUCCCACACCACGCCAGAGGACCCCAGCUUUGCUUCACAAUGCCUGGUGUACAACGACAUUGGGAAAGAGAUGCUCCAGCAUGCAUUCGAGGGCUACAACGUCUGCAUCUUCGCCUACGGCCAGACUGGGGCGGGCAAGUCCUACACCAUGAUGGGCAAGCAGGAGGAAGGGCAGGAGGGCAUCAUUCCUCUGCUGUGUGAGGAGCUCUUCGAGAAAAUCAGCGACAACUGCGACACGGAGAUGUCCUACUCGGUGGAGGUCAGCUACAUGGAGAUUUACUGCGAGAGGGUGCGGGACUUGCUGAACCCCAAGAACAAAGGCCACCUGCGGGUUCGAGAGCACCCCCUGCUGGGCCCCUAUGUGGAGGACCUGUCCAAGCUGGCCGUCACCUCCUACACCGACAUCGCCGACCUGAUGGACGCCGGCAACAAGGCCAGGACUGUUGCUGCCACCAACAUGAAUGAGACCAGCAGUCGAUCCCAUGCAGUUUUCACCAUCGUCUUCACGCAGAAGAAGCAUGACAGUGAGACUGACCUCGCCACAGAGAAAGUCAGCAAGAUCAGUCUGGUGGACCUGGCAGGCAGCGAGCGAGCUGACUCGACAGGGGCGAAAGGGACAAGGUUAAAGGAGGGGGCAAACAUCAACAAAUCUCUGACCACAUUAGGCAAAGUCAUCUCAGCCCUGGCCGAGGUGGAUUACAGUACCAGCAAGAGCAAGAAGAAGAAGAAGUCUGACUUCAUUCCGUACAGAGACUCUGUGCUCACCUGGCUGCUCAGAGAGAAUUUAGGUGGCAACUCUAGGACUGCCAUGGUGGCAGCUCUUAGCCCAGCUGAUAUCAACUACGAUGAGACCCUCAGCACACUACGAUACGCAGACCGAGCUAAACAAAUCAAGUGCAAUGCUGUCAUCAACGAAGACCCCAACAACAAGCUGGUGCGUGAGCUUAAGGACGAGGUCACACGUCUGAAGGACCUGCUCCGGGCUCAAGGCCUGGGCGACAUCCUGGAUGUCGAGCCAAUGGGAGAUGAUUACCCAGGAAGUGGAAGCAAAUCGCCCCUCGGCUCUUUGUCCGCCUCCCCGUCCUCAGGCGCUCUCAGCAGCCAGGCCGGCCUGGGCCUUCAGGCUGUCUCCAGCAUCCAGGAGCGCAUCAUGUCCACGCCUGGAGGGGAAGAGGCCAUCGAGAGGCUCAAGGAAUCUGAGAAGAUCAUCGCUGAGCUGAACGAGACCUGGGAGGAGAAACUGCGAAAGACGGAGUCUAUCCGCAUGGAGAGGGAGGCCCUCCUGGCUGAGAUGGGCGUGGCAAUCCGGGAGGAUGGGGGCACACUGGGAGUUUUUUCACCAAAAAAGACUCCUCAUCUGGUGAACUUGAAUGAAGACCCCUUGAUGUCAGAGUGUCUACUUUAUUACAUCAAAGAUGGUAUUACAAGGGUUGGCCAGGCAGACGCUGAGAGACGACAGGACAUCGUUCUCAGUGGAGCCCACAUCAGAGAGGAGCACUGCGUUUUCCGCAGUGAGAGGAACGCUAACGGAGACGCGGUGAUCGUCAUGUUGGUGCCUUGUGAAGGAUCGGAGACGUACGUCAAUGGCAAGCGAGUGGGUGCCUCAGUGCAGCUGCGCUCAGGGAACCGCAUCAUCAUGGGAAAGAACCACGUGUUCCGGUUUAACCAUCCGGAGCAGGCGCGUGCGGAGAGGGAGAAGACCCCGUCGGCAGAGACGCCCUCGGAGCCCGUGGACUGGACCUUCGCCCAGAGGGAGCUUCUGGAGAAGCAGGGCAUCGACAUGAAGCACGAGAUGGAGAAGAGGCUGACUGAAAUGGAGAUCUUGUACAAGAAAGAGAAGGAGGAAGCAGACCAACUUCUGGAACAACAGAGAUUGGUGUACGAGAGCAAGCUGCAGGAGCUGCAGAAACAGGUGGAGACGCGCUCGCUGGUCUCAGAGCCCCCGGAGGAAGAGGAGGAGGAAGAAGAGGAAGUGCCCUGGACACAGAGGGAGUGUGAGCUGGCUCAGUGGGGUUUUAGGAAGUGGAAGUACCACCAGUUUACCUCACUGAGGGACCAGCUGUGGGGCAACGCAGUGUACCUGAAGGAGGCCAAUGCCAUCAGUGUGGAGCUGAAGAAGAAGGUGCAGUUCCAGUUUGUGCUCCUGACCGACACCCUGUACUCCCCGCUCCCCCCUGAGCUCCUGCCUCCUGAGCCGGAGAAGGAGAGGGAGACCCGGCCCUUUCCCCGCACAGUGGUGGCCGUGGAGGUGCAGGACCUGAAGAACGGGGCCACACACUACUGGUCUCUGGAGAAGCUGAAGCAGAGGCUGGAGAAGAUGAGGGAGAUGUACGACCGUGCUGGCGAGGUGGACUCCCCAAACCAGGAGGACAACGAUGCAGCGCUGACGGGGAAUGAUCCCUUCUACGACCGCUUCCACUGGUUCAAACUGGUCGGAAGUUCACCGAUGUUCCAAGGCUGUGUGAACGAGCACCCCAGGGACCGGACCCCCUCACCCACCUUCUCCACCUCCGACUCCGAAAUCACGGAGCUGGCGGACGAGAGGCCCAGCGAGGCAGACGACUUUGACGACGAGGCUUUCGUGGACGACGGCAGCUCUGACGUUGGCACGGAGGAAGAGGAGGAGGAGGAAGAAGAGGAGGGGCCAGACAUCUGUAGCGAUGGCCAGGACCCCUUCUAUGACCGCUCGCCCUGGUUCAUUUUGGUGGGAAGAGCCUUUGUGUACCUGAGUAACCUGCUGUACCCCGUUCCCCUGGUGCACCGUGUGGCCAUCGUGACAGAGAAGGGUGACGUGCAGGGAUUCCUGCGCGUGGCCGUCCAGGCCAUUGCAGCUGAUGAAGAGGCUCCAGAUUUUGGGUCUGGAGUGCGGCAGUCAGGCACAGCAAAGAUUUCCUUUGAUGACGAAUACUUCAAAGCAAAGGACCACUCCACUCCCACCUUGUCCUACUCUGGGCUCUCACAGGAGGAACUGCGCAUUGUGGAGGGACAGGGUCAAAGUUCAGAGGUCGCCACACCCUCUGAAGAGAUGAACAUAAUAAAUGACAUGGAUCUCAAGCUUGGGAAAAUGGACACGAAGCUUGCCGGGUCCGAGGGGCUGACAGGGCAGCUGGAGGUGGGCCAGACAUUCACCUUCCGCGUGACCGUGCUCCAGGCUAGCGGCAUCCUGCCCGACUACGCCGACAUCUUCUGCCAGUUCAAUUUCCUCCAUGGCCACGAUGAGGCCUUCUCCACUGAGCCCUUGAAGAAUUCGGGAAAAGGAUCCCCGCUGGGGUUCUACCACGUGCAGAACAUCGCUGUGGAUGUGACCGAGUCCUUCAUCGAGUACAUCCGGACUAGGCCCAUUGUGUUUGAGGUGUUUGGGCACUACCAGCACCCUCCUCUGCACCUGUCUGGACAGGACCUGAACAGCUAUCUUCAGCCUUCCAGGAAGCACUCUCCCCCGACUAUGCCUCUGUCUAAAACAGUGCCAGCUACAAAGCUGAAUGCCAUCAGCAAGCGUGACCUGGGCCAGUGUGUCAGCAAGUACGACCUGCUGGUGUGGUUUGAGAUCAGCGAGCUGGAACCCACCGGAGAGUAUAUUCCUGCUGUGGUGGAUCACACUGGAGGACUUCCCUGCCAUGGAACAUACCUCCUGCAUCAGGGGAUCCAGCGAAGGAUCACUGUCACCCUCAUUCACGAGAAGGGCAGCGAGCUUCACUGGAAGGAUGUCAGGGAGCUGGUGGUUGGACGGAUUCGGAACAAGCCGGAAGUAGAUGACACAGCAACAGACGUGGUUCUUUCUCUCAACAUCAUUUCAGCCAAAAACAUGAAGUCAUCUCAUAACUCCAACAGGACCUUCUACCGGUUUGAGGCUGUGUGGGACAGCUCCCUCCACAACUCCCUCCUGCUGAACCGUGUGACUCCCUACGGGGAGAAGAUCUACAUGACCCUGUCUGCCUAUCUAGAGCUGGACCACUGCAUACAGCCUGCCAUAAUCACCAAAGACGUCUCCAUGGUGUUCUACUCCAGAGACGCUAAGAUCUCCCCGCCUCGCUCUCUGAGGACCCUGUUCAGCAGUGGCUACUCCAAGACGCCUGAGUGCAACAGAGUGACAGGGAUCUACGAGCUGAGCUUGUGCAAGAUGGCCGACACAGGAAGCCCAGGGAUGCAGCGUCGGAGGAGGAAGGUGCUCGACACCUCCGCGGCGUACGUCCGGGGCGAGGAGAACCUGGCGGGCUGGAGGCCGCGCGGCGACAGCCUGAUUCUGGAGCACCAGUGGGAGCUGGACAAACUGGAACAGCUGCAGGAGGUGGAGAAGACCCGGCACCUCCUGCUCCUGAGGGACAGGCUGGGAGACACGGAGCCCCGCUCCCUGAGCGGCUCCCUCUCCCCCAGCCUGAGCAGCGACUCCCUCAGCACCUCCACCAGCAUCUCCUCCCAGAUCUCCAACACCACCUUCGAGAGCGCCCUGACGCCCAGCGAGAGCAGCGGCUACGACUCGGCCGACGUGCAGAGCCUGGCGGACCGCGAGAAGGAGCUGGCCACCAAGUGCUUGCAGCUCCUGGCUCACACGUUCAACAAUGAAUACACCCAGGUGUGUAACAGCAUCAGUGACUGUAAGCUGCUGGAUAUCUCUCCAAUGGACCGGGACCCAUCCGUCUCCAGCCUGAGCAGUGCCACACUCACCCCAUCCUCCACUUGUCCUUCCCUGGAUGAGUCCCGCUCAGUUGAUCUGAAGACAGCAGAGACCAACUCCUGUGCCACCAGCCCCUCCUGCUUGGAGUAUGACAACUUCCCCAUGGUGGCCACACUGGAUACCUCCUAUCUGGCCCGUGCUGGCAAGAACGAGUUCCUCAACCUGGUGCCCGACAUCGAGGAGAUGAGACCAGGGUCUGUGGUGUCAAAGAAGGGGUUCCUCAGUUUCAUGGAGCCACGUUCCAACAGCUGGGUGAAGCACUUUGUGGUGGUGCGCAGACCCUACGCUCUCAUCUACAACAACGACAGGGACCCUGUGGAGAGGGGCGUGCUCAACCUGUCCACGUCUCGCGUGGAGUACGGCGAGGACCAGCAGGCCGUGCUCAAGGCCCCCAACACAUUUGCUAUGUGCACAAACCACCAAGGCAUCCUCCUCCAGGCCCUGAAUGACAAAGAUAUGAACGACUGGCUGUAUGCCUUCAACCCACUCCUGGCUGGAACAAUAAGAUCGAAGUUGGCGAGAAGACGCUCAGACCUGAUAAAGAACUGAGACGUAUUCUUUCUGCGCACAAGAAGCCCUUAUUAUUCUGGCAAGCCUUUAAGUGUUCCAAGUGUUGACACUUGUUGACCUUUUGUGGUUGUUUUCUCUGUACAUAGACCUGUGGCUUAAAUCUCCUUUCAGACUAACCUAAGUGUAAACCCCUGAGGAGCUUUCCUACCCCCCAACCCCACCCCACCUCCCAAAAAAAAGAGCAUUUAUUCUAUUUAAUUUAAUUCCCACAAGAAACUUUAUUCUUUGUCAACCUGAAAUGUUGUACUAGUCGCAUGUUGUAGUGCAGUCUAGUUGUGUGUGCACGGUACUUCUGAGCAGCUUUUUUCUCUCUGCUUUCUUCAUUUUCUAAGUGUCCGUAAAGAUUGUCAUCCAUUAGUCGGGAACAUUGUUUUACCUGUUUAGUAUCUUUUUUGCUGUCCUCAGGGGAAGGUAUUUUGCUUAAAAAGCAAAUGUAAAUAUGACAAUGAAACUGGAACAUGCAAAAAAAAAAAAAGUAUAUGGAUUCCCGUUGCCUGGGCGUUGAAAUUAGGAGGUUACAGCGCUGACCACUGUGAACAUGUUUCACCAAUAACAACAGUUUCAGUAUUGUCCUAUAGCUAGCUACUGCUCUCUCUAAAUUGGAAUGUUUUUAGAUUCUAAGAUGAUGAAAUAGUAGAGUAGGUGACAUUGGUGAGCUCAUAUGCCAACCUAUAUCCACUGAAGGUAUAAUAACUGAGAUGUGCUGAGAACAUUUUGAAUAGAAAUGCCAUUUAACUAUUCUCAAAAAGUGAAUGUAAUUACUAUAAACUUCCAUCAAAAAUAAUUAUCCGUUUCUAUAGCGUCCUAGAUCAAUAGUAUGUAAGCCAUGUAAACACAAAGCCAAUUUAGGAACAUAUUUUGUAAAGAUAGUUUGGCAACCAUAUAUCAUCUUAAUUUAUUAUCUUAAUGAUUUUAAUGCAUUUUUGUAGCUUUAUGUGUGAGGGAGAGCAGGCUGCUUUCAAAUACAGUACAUUCAUGUUUAUUAUAUGUGUGCUAUAUUUGGUUUAUCUGCACUCUAUGUACCAACUCUUAAGAUAUAAUAUUUAUCACAUAUAUUUAUUACAUACUUUCUCCAAUUGUAAAUGUAGAUGUAAGAUAAAUUAUUUAUCUAAGAAAAAUAUUGCAAACAUUCAAAAUAAUUAUGUCAGGUCAGAAGAACCAUCAUUAGCUGAAAUUCACUUCAGCUCAGUGAUAAUGCUAGCUAAUAUUGCUCCUUGCUAUGAAGUGUUUCCCACGAGCCUGGUACAGUAUGUGGCUAUUGUUCAUGGUGUAUAAGGCCAUUCAUUAACAUUGUUGAACAUUGUUGUCUUCCACACGUUUCAUCAUUUUGUGCAGCCAACUAGAACAAAAGAAUUUGGUUGGGUGAUGUUGAGGUUAGAACAAAAAAAAGUCAUUUGUUUAGUUGUCCAUAGCCUUAACAUAUUGCGUGCUAUUGGCAGUUUCUCACUGUUUUCGUCUUUGUUGGGUUUGAAUUUAAAUGAUAAAGUAUUUGAGCAGUGUUCUCCAGCAUGCAUGUGCAGUGCACACAAAAAGCUGAGUUUUUCAAAAUCUUACUUUCCUACUAUUCAUAUGUGAUAUGCAUUCAUAAAUGAAUGCAGGUUGGAUUAGUUGACCAUGACUGCAGUCUUUCCAGUAUGAAAACUGUCAUUGCAAACUAUAUCAUGCAGACCAUAUGCAAGCUAGCUAGCUACCAAGCUAAUUGUAUGGUAGGCCAUCAACCAUGAUUUGAAAUUCAUCAAAUCACUACAUUUUAACUACAAACCGAUUCACUGUAUGCUAAUGCUGUAUUUUUAAACCUGCCGCCUUUGAAUAGUAACAAUCUAGCGAAAAGAACAUACAUGUUUAUCACUUAAACAGUUUAAAUAGUCUGUGGGGGAUGUUCAAUUAGCUACACUGUUGGAAUUAACAAACCUGCACGUUCAAUGACUCUUUGACCUCUGGGUUAUAUUACUGUUCAAGCCUUUGAGGACAAAUGAAAUAUGUGACGCUCAACGCUUUACAGCUGUAGAUUAACCCUACCACAUCAGCAGUGGUGUGGUUAGAUGGCUUACUAACAAAACACACAGCACACAGAGAUGGCAGUAGCUACCUAACCGACGCAUACUUGAAUGUGCUAUUUUGCCUUUCUUGUCUCAUUUAUAUUGUGUAAUGAGUUUUAUCUGGACAGUGAUAGUAAUUUUGACCAAAGGGAUUGUAUUGGUAUAUUAAGAUACCCUGAGCAGGUCUUGGUAGUAGUGUCUAAGCCAGUCACAGCGAUCUGUUCUUUAAAGUGCAUUGUAUAUGCAGACUGGGCAGAUUCUUUCUGGCAUUGGAGCAAGAUUUCUCCCAAGCCUGUACAUCAUAUUGAUAUUGAUUGAGGGUUUGUAUCAUGAAAAUGAUCCUGCAUUAUGAAGCUGUUAAACUAAAACUAAACUUCUUGCUCCGUCAACUUGUCCUUAAUUCCCUUUGAAAUCUUUGUAACCAAUUAGAAGCAAAUUUGAGCCUGGUACAAACAUGAAUGGUGGUUAUCUUUUUAUCCAAUAUUAUUUAUUUAUUAAAAUAUCUGAUUUUUUUUUUUUUUUUUUUUUUUUUUUUUUUUUACAGAAGCCAACGACUACAACAAAUAGUAACAUCAUUCCUAAUACAAACCAGGGAACAUCACAGAACACUGAAAGGAAGUCUUGUCUUAUUUAUUUUACCUUAUAUAUGGUCUCAUGUGUAAGAUGAGCAUGUUUAAUACUGAUAAAGCAGGCCUCUGGUCAGCCAGCCAGUAGUGACUUGCACCUCAGUAUUGUGCUAUGAGAGUGUUGAUGCCAAGCGCAGGUUAAAAAUAAAUUAUAUACACUAAUAAUUAUGUUAUGUUCACACAGUUACACCCUACAGAACGUUCAAUGUGGAAAAAGGUUUUAAAGUAGGAAAAAUCUCACAAAAGUCAUAAAACAUUAAAAGAAAGACAGGAAAGGUGAAUUUUAAUUGCGGCAUAGAUCUGGACAGUCUUGUGGCAUAUUGAAAGCUGAGUCGCAUUAUCACAGAAGCAGUUGUCUUGGUAUCUUCCAGAUUUUUUACAAUUUUGUAUUUAUUUAUUCCAUUAUUGGUUGUCAGGGUAACUGUCAGUGAAUAAGACUUGAGGGCCUUUUUCUGUUUGUUUCCAUAACGGAUCCCUUGAGACAUUUUUCAUGGAUGAUGAAUGAAAACAGGCAAAUUAACACUGUCUAUGAGGUCAGCCAGCCUUAGCCAAGAGUGGUGUUCCAGUGCUGUUGUCAUGAAUUGUCUGUUUAAGCUGUCUUCAAUCUAGGGCUGUUAUGAAGUUUACAUUUCUCAAUAGGAUUUUGAUUUAUUUUGCGGUUCCCAAUGGAGUUGUUUGCAUCUUUCAUGAGUUACAGAUAGGAGUAAUUUUCACGGAAGAUAUUUUUGUGUCUCUUGUUUACUUAUAUUUUGUGGCAUUUGACUUUCAUUGUGUCAUUAUUCUUUAUUGCAGUGCGUAUAUUAGUUUGACAUUUUUUUAAAUGUUUGGGGUUUUUUUUUAAGCAACUGACAAUGGUAUCUUGUGAAAGAAGCACUUCAAAAUGUAUUAACAAACCUAAUUAGUAAUUUGGACGUGGUCAGUCAAGUCAGAUGAAAGUGUAACAUUAAAAAUUAUAAGAUGGACAUAAAAGAACAUUACAUGUAAAUAUCAUUUGUUGUUUUUUGUAGUUUUGCCAUCUGUGAAAAUAACAAGGCAAGUCAAAGUGUAAUUUAAAAUGGCAUAUUAAGCUUUUAUGCUCCAUGAGGCUAAAAAAGAAAAAGUACAAUUCCAAAUAAUGGAUUAUCACACUAAUCAAAUGCAGAAUGUAAACCUGCACAUCUUGAUUACUGCAUGAUCUUCUACAGGAAUGUACACUCAGUGAGCACUUCAUUAGGUAUUUAUUAGACUUAUUUUUAGACUUAAGGUUUCUGCUACUGUAGCCUAUCCACUUAGAGGUUUGAUGCGUUGGGUGUCAGAGAUGCUCUUCUGUAUACCACUAUUGUAAUGCUUGGUUAUAGCUGUCACCUUCCUGUCAGCUUUGACCAGUCUGGCCCUUCUCCUCUGACCUCUCUCAUUAACAAGGUGUUUUUGCCUGCAGAACUGCUGCUCACUGGAUGUUUUUUGCACCAUUCUCUGCAAACUCGAGAGACUGUUAAAGAUCAGCAGUUUCUGAGAUACUCAAACCAACCUGUCUUGACCAUGUCUGUAUGCUUUUGUGCAUUUAGUUGCUGCCACAUAAUAAAUAUGGAUUAACAAGCUGAUGUACAGGUCUACCUAAUAAAUUGCUCACUGAGUGUAUAUACCUCAUAAAAAUUGCAGAACAUCAGCUGUUCAUUAUUAGUAAUAAAGGGCUGAUGUAUUCCUCUUAAAAGGCUGCAUUAUGUAUCCUCUCUCCAAUUAGAAAUACAGUAAAACAUAAUUUAACCAUACCAUCCUGCCAGCCCACACGGGAGUUGUGUUUGCAACUGUGGAUACAAUUAAACUCUGUCUUUGAGAAGUGAAGAUGACAACAAAACUGACACUUAACUGUACAUUAUUUACUGCUUGCCAUGUUCAUUUUCAUAGUUAUUUUGUACAUAUGUGUUGUAUUGAGCUUGAAAUAAAAUGUAAAUAUGUUUCA